UUAUUGACCAUUAUUGUAAAUUAAUUUUUUUUUCUUUUAAUUGUUUUUUUUUGUGUGUCGUUUAACCCAAGUGUGGUAAAACAAACAAAAAAUAAAGUUGUUUGUAAACAAAUCGAUGGAGCAUGUCAGUGAAUUUAUAAAAAUAAAAUUCUGCGCGUCUUGUUAAUCACGAAUAAUUAUUGUGUGUUUUAUCUGAGUUCUAAGCAGCGCAAGUGAAUGGAAAGGAAAUAAAACAAGUCUUGGCACCGAAGAACAUGGAGUACUGCCUGGCGGACAUCGGCAUCCUGAGUGAGAAGCCCAAAUCUGACCGGCAAAAAGAGGACUACGCCACCAGUCAACUGUUCCAGCAUGAAAGACAGUUCUAUCUGCUGCUGGACGAUGCCCUCGACAUUAAAACUGUCCUCAGAGAUGUAAAACGAGUACCGGAGUACAACCUCCGACACCGUACGGAUGCAUGCGACAGCGGAUUAACCUAUUUGUCCCUGUUUUUGCGACGACUUCGGCCGGAAGAGUUCCUCGACGCAGGUUGUCUCGUUCAGCGUCAACGUCUUGUGGGACAAUUUUUCGAAGAAAUCGAACGGAAUGAUUUCGUUAGGCUGCAGGAACUGAUCCAAGAACCGCAAGAUAUCGCUGACGACGAUGGUUCGGCCCUGAGUGUGGCACAAUUUUAUGACAAAUUGAGGGGUAGUCACGUCGAUGAAGUGCUGGACGCUUCUAUUCCCGAAGACGUUGCUCAUGGGAGUUUGAGACCCACGUUAAGACCGUAUCAGUGUAGCGCUAUUCGUUGGAUGCUUGAGAGGGAAAGAGUUCCAAAGCAUUUGCCAGCUCAGUUUGCACGAUUGAGGAACAGGAAUUUUCCAGAAGUAGAUUUUUUCAUGUACUUGGACAGUUUCGAGGUGAUCGAUGAACAACCGAAGGAUAUCGCUAUUCCUCCUGGAGGAAUACUUGCGGACGAAAUGGGAAUGGGGAAAACAGUCGAAAUGUUGGGUCUAAUGUUGCACAAUCGAAAGAGGAAGCGCAAAUUCAAGGCGUUGGAAGAUUCUGACGAGAAUGACUCAGAAGAUGAAGGCGAACUGAGAUGUAUUUGUAUUAAAACUACACUCAGAAAUUUGAUCACUUGUCGAAAAUGUAAACUGCAACAGCAUAGAAAAUGUGUUCUCAAAAAUGCUUUAAGGGAACCUUCAAGAUACUUAUGUCCAGAAUGCUGUCGGACAGAGCCAUUGGUGGAUGUGGGCACCACUAUUAUCGUUUCUCCUGUUUCGAUCAAAAUGCAAUGGGCCUCGGAAAUCAAGAAACACAUCAAUGAUCGAUCGUUUAAAAUUUUCAUCUACGAUGGAGUGUCGACCAGCGGAUGGAUUAGUCCGACCGAUAUCGCAGAGUAUGAUGUUGUUCUCACGGAUUACAAUGUGCUCAAAACGGAGAUAUACUUUACAGCUUCCAAUAGCAGAAAUUCUCGGCACGAGAAACGAUUCCUUAGCCCGGUGUCUCCUUUGCCGUUGAUUCGUUGGUGGCGGGUUUGUCUGGAUGAAGCGCAGAUGGUCGAAGGUGUCCACAAUCAGACCACAAAAAUGGUGAAAACGUUACCGGCCGUUCAUCGCUGGACCGUAACUGGAACGCCGAUCGAGAAAUCCAUGGACAAUCUGUACGGACUGGUCCACUUCUUGGACUAUGCCCCGUACAACGAUUAUCACAUCUGGAAGCAGCUAACCGAUCGAUAUAGCCUUGGGAACUAUCAACCUUUGCUCACCGCAAUGAAUCGUAUUAUGUGGCGUACCUGUAAGUCGGCCGUGCUGGAUCAACUGGGCAUUCCGCCGCAAACCGAAGUGGUGCACUUUAUAACGAUGUCGGAUUUGCAAAACUUCUUCUAUCGCAUGGAGCACGCCAAGUGUGCGGUAGCGUUCCGGGAGAAGGCGAUCAAACUGGGCCGAGAACUAAGCAUGUCCAGGAUGAAUGUUCAGACGCUGAAUUUGCUUAUGGAACCCCUUCGGAAGCUUCGACAGGAUUGUACCAUUCCAACGCUGCUCCACCGGUCGGAUCAGCUGUCCAUCAAGAAAAUGCUCACGCCGACCGAACUGCGGGAACAUCUGAUAACUUCGAACGAAAAUGAUUGCAAAUCACAACUUCGGUCGAUCGUUUCCAGCAUCAACGGUAUGGCAGCCGUUCACGUGAUCCGUAAAGAGUACGAUCAGGCGCUGAAAAUGUACAAAUCGGCCCUGCGCUGGGCAGAAGAUUAUCAAGGUGCCAUCAGUGUCGAUUCGUUGCUACAAAUCCACGCCUUGCAUAAUCUAAUCGAAGUCAUCGAUAUGAAACGAACCCAAGGCGAGGACACAUCAUCCGAGGAUGUUCCAGCUUACGAAGAACGGUGUGCCAAGCUUGAGUGGAAGUACAUUCAAACCUAUUCGAACAUCGUGAAGAACGUUGAGCAGGAGCUACUUCCGGCAACCGAACGCGUUCAACAAGUUAAAUCCGAACUAGGUAACAAAAUCGAUGGUCACUGGUGGCGAAGAGUCAUCUACCCGAUUGAUAAUGAUCCGUCAAAAUCUGCCCAAUUCUUGCUCAAGUUGAAUGUAGAAAUAAAAAAUCACAACGGAAUGGCUGCCGAAAUACACUCGCUAAGAGGUUUAGACUACUCGCUCGUGACCUGGCUAGAAAAAGUCAAGCAGCACCGGAACCAACUGCGAAAGGCAUUCCAAGAUUUGAACUAUUUUAUUUCCAAUCUCAAACCAAGACACAUGUGGCCGGUCGAGGAGCGAGAUAACAUAGAAACGCUGGUCCGAACGGCUUUCCUGUGCCAUCUGGAUCCAGAACUCCGCAGCCUGUCGGAAAAGGAGAAACGCAAACGGCCCGUUUGCGAAUUGUGCGACGUUAAAAACAUUCUCAAUCAGUAUGAGUGCUUGAUUUUCCACAAGAUCUUUAUGGAGAGCACCAACACCGCGGAGGGAUCCUGGCAGAUGAAUACCCAGGAGCUGAUUAUGAAACAAAUCCACGCAUACUCGAAAAAGGAACGCUUCGAAGAAUCCAUCAUCGAGGAGGGCGAACUGUACCUGGAGUACGUCGAAAACCUCAAGGCCGAAUUCAAGGAGUACUCCAAGUACUGGGUCGAAAUCAACUACACUGCGGCGGCAUAUGACGAGCUAAACAUGUGCCGCUCCCGACUACAGGUCGUUACCGUCGAAGAACUCGAACAAGGCAACAGCAAGAAAACAAUCCAACAGAUUCUCGACUGCGAAGUGGACGAAACGCUUGAAGAUCUGCAGGUUCAGAAGAUGAAUUCGGAGCGAGAGUUCGUCCGGUUGAAAGGUACCCUUAAGUAUUUGCACCAUCUCGGGAGUUCCUCGGAGAUCGACGUUUGUCCGAUUUGUCAGAAUAUUCCGGAAGAAAAAUAUGCGGUGCUGCAGUGUGGACAUCAUUUCUGUAUAGUUUGUGCCCCGCAGAUCAUGAAGAUUGCCCGAAGUCAGGGCAACAUGCUGAGCUGCGUCGUUUGCCGGCAUCGUCAGCGCAUGGCUGAUAUUUAUUAUGUGACCUGCUCACAGUCCGCAACAUCCGAGCCGGCUUUAAGCGUGCGUGGAAAUUUCUCAAACAAAAUUUUGAAAAUCGUUGAAGCAAUUCUUCAACUCAAGCACAAGGAACCGGACGUUAAAAUUAUUAUCUUCUCCCAUUGGGAUCCGAUAUUGCUUGUUCUGGCACGAGCAUUGAACGAAAAUUCAAUAACUUACCGGACAAAAUCUGCCAAGUUCUACAAAAGUAUCGAAGAAUUCAAGGACUACCAGAACAACAUAACCUGUAUGUUGCUGCCGCUGAAAUAUGGUUCCAAAGGAUUGAAUCUGAUCGAAGCGACACACGUUUUCCUGGUGGAACCGAUCCUGAAUCCCGGCGAGGAACUUCAAGCUGUUGGUCGUGUUCAUCGAAUUGGCCAAACCAAACCAACGUUUGUGCAUCGCUUUAUCGUUCGAAAUACCAUCGAGGACACAAUCCAUCAAACCAUACAAAACGAUCGCAGCGGAUUGUGGAGUUCGAAGGAGAUCACCAUCGAGCACUUGGAACAGCUCUUCAAACUUGAAGAGGAAGAGAUUGUCAUCUAUUGAAUGGAACAAAAACGAAGAUUCCGCUAACACUUCCGAAAGCUCCCACACGCUGCCAUUUAGAAGCUCCCACCCGAGAGCUUUUCGCGAGUUGUUAUGCUUUCGUCAUCACUCUCCCGCUCUCUCUUUGUGGGCCGUGUAGGGGGACAUACGUAGGUACGUAAAGCUUCAGUAACUUUUGGUGGUGCCUUCAAAACUUCGAAUUCAGCCAUCGCAUCAUCAGACAAACAGUGAAUCUAAAGGGGAGAAGACACACAACCUGUGGUCCCAAAUCAAAAGCGCAUACCCCAAAAGCAGAAGCAGCAGUGCAAAAAGAAGGUUUUCGUUUGAUUUUGUUAAAGUUUGGGGCUUGUUAGUGUCAUUAAUUCGGGUUGAAAAUGUUCUGUUCCAGUUCAAGUGCAAGUGAAGGGGUUGUUGAAAAAAGGGCUCC